AUGCCGUCGCCAGUCCGCCGCUCCGCCCGCGGGCAGCCCGCGGUCGCCUCCAGCACCACCUCCUCUCUCUCAUCGCGACAGGAUCGCAGUACGCGCGCUAAUAACAAUCAGAAGGCCGGCACUCCUAGAUCGCUGUCCAGCGAAGACGCCAGUGAGCCACCUGUCGCUCGUAGGAGCCAGCGGCAACCGGCUCACAAAGAGGAGAGCGUCACCAAAGAGAUGGAAGUUACAGUUGACAACGACGAAGAGGCCAUAGACGAGGAGGAGAUUACACGCUGCAUUUGCGGACAGCAGGAGUAUCCUGGACCACCCCUUAGUGAGGCGUUCGCUGGCAUCCCAGACGCGCAGUCUGAGGAUGCUGGUGGACUGUUCAUCCUAUGCGAUGGCUGUACUGUAUGGCAGCACGGUGGUUGCGUUGGGAUCGUGGAAGAGAGUCAGAGUCCGGACAAAUACUUCUGCGAGGAAUGCCGACCUAAACAGCACGCGGUGCACACGGACAGCAGAGGUCUAUCAAUCAUGGCUCGCUACCACGACACCCCCACGAGACACGCAGCAGCUAAGGCAGAAGACAACAGGCAAAAGUAUUCACUCUACCUCCCACUCCACCCGAAAGCGAACCGCAAAGGCUCGGUGAGCAAACAUGACGACAAAGCGAAGAAGGACCGCGAGAGUGUCAAUCGGGCGAGCGUUGACCCCUCGACCGGCAAGCGGCGGGGUACGAUGCGAAGUAAAGAGCAUGACGACGAAGAGGAGCAGCUACAGAGAGCCAUUGAAGAGAGCCGGCGUGACGCUGAGCCUGUAGGCGGCACUGGUCGGCGUGGUGGGAAGCGUGGUCGUGAUGACAGUAGCGAGGACAGCAAGCAAACCACCAAGCGACAACGAAGACAAUCCGAGUCAGCGCAGACACUCAAUGCGACCGCCUCUAUUGAAGACGAGUCCGACGACGGCAAGAAUGGAGCUGUCAGCAAAUACAAGAAAGCGAAAGCCGAGGCGGCGUUGACGGCACGUCAAGCUGAGCAAGAGAAGAAGGAAAAGGAACGAGAAGCGGCUCGUGCAGAGGCUGCAGGCCGUCGACAAGAGCGUGCUAGGAGCCGCCGUGGUGCUGAAGAAGUCGACGUCAACGACGAGGACACCCCAAAACCGUCCAGCAACAAGACGUCACCUCCAGCACCUUCAUCGCAACCGCCGACCCCACCACCCGCAGACAAAGCUCCGCCUAAACGAGGCCCGGGCAAGAAGCCGCCCAAGAAAUUGGGCAAUAACCAAUACACGAAGCGAAACUUCGAGCAGGCAGCCUCUUCACCACAUGGUAGGAAACGUCAACUACAGAGUCAUGCCACAGCAAGCGGUGAUGAAGGCUCAGAGGUCGCAGUGAAUGCAGAGACGAACGGUAGUAACAAGGAUACAGGAAAGACAAGUCCAGGAGCGCCAGAGAAUGGGAACGGUGUGGGCAAGGGCAAAUACGGCCGAGGCAAGAAAGCUUUCGCGAAUGGCAACGGUACCAAGGGCGCAGAGGCCGGACAAGAGGUUGAGAAGACGUUUGUCAACAUGCACGCCGCUCUCACGAACAUCAGCAGCUAUGUGACGAAGCAACAGGAGGAGCUGGUGAUGUUGGGAGGAUCGACAACAACAAGUCCGCUGAGCGGCGAGGAUGGUACUCUGAUGGUUGGAGCAGCGGUCCAAAUAUCGAGUGCUGCGUCGGAGAGUUCGGCUGGGGAGCGCAAGUUUGAAGAGUUGAGCUGUGCCGAGAUGGCAGCGCAGAUUCAGAAGAAUAUUGCCGAGUGGCAGCGAAUGUGGGGACAUCAUGCAACGACGACAUGA